GAGACGUCACGUCACUUGUUUGUUGUCAUAAUGAUAAAAUGUGAAUAUGAUGUGAAUUUAGAAAUUUAAUUGCAGAAAAUACACAUAAAUAAAUAAACCAAUAGUUGUGGGUAAUAUUUAAUUAAACACAUGGAAGGCGUUUUAUGGAAAUGGACAAACUAUUGGAAUGGUUGGCAAACCAGAUGGUUUGUUUUAGAGAAUGGAAUUUUAUCAUACUACAAGUCGCAGGAAGAAGUCAAUCAAGGGUGCAAAGGUUCAGUGAAAGUGUCUGUUUGUCAGAUCAACGUGAACAAUAUUGAUAACACUCGCAUGGAUUUGGUUAUACCUGGGCAGCAACAUAUGUACUUGAGGGCACCUUCACCACAGCAUAGACAAAAAUGGCUUGUUGCUUUAGGUAGUGCUAAGGCAUGUGUAGAAUCCUUAGUGGAUACCAAAGGGACCUGUUUAGAAGACUCGCUGAGUCACAAAAAGUCUGAAUUGCAUUUGUAUUGUGAUUUAUUAAUGCAACAAGUGCAUGCUGUUAAAAGUGCUGCUAAUGAAGAAGGAGGCCCAGCAAUACAGAAAAUUGAAGAUGCUUCCAGUCUCCUGACUGCAACAUGUGACACAUUUAUAAGAACCCUUGAAGAUAUAAUGAAACUAACUAACAACACUGUCACCAACACUUCAUAUGAAAUGCCAGUUCCUAAUUUACCUGUUACCAAAACUAGUGGCAGUACUAAGAACCAGAAACCAAAUGUAGGCAGGUCUUUGUCCCAAGAGAGUAGAUGAGGUAAAAUAAAUUCUUUUGUUAAAAAAAUGUACUUCAUGUAGUACUUAAAAAUUUCUUGUAAAGAAGCUGUCAAGUCACAUUACAUAUUGAAAUAGUUCAAGCGAAGGUGGAAUUCUCAUGUAAUGUGUCCUUUUGGGCUUAGGCUUGUAAAUAGU